AUGCAGGACCCGGCUGGCGGACUCCCUGGGCAGCUGCUGCCGCACAUGCACCUUGUGUCGCGGUACCGGUAUCCGACAAUGACUGCGCUGCCCACUGAAACCGUUGUCGAAUAUCUCCUAGCUGCGCCAAAGGUUGUCCGAGAAAUGCAGCCCAUGUCAUGGACCUUUCUUGACCCGCCGCCGCCAGAUGGAACGACGCUUCUGACAUGGCAGCCACUUGCUCAUCUCGGCACCAAUUUCGCCAGCGACGGAUACAUCUGGGCUGAUGCCGAACAGGCUUUUACAUUCGAAGCUCGGGGCUAUACCGUCGAGAUGUGGGUGCAGCGAAGUGGCUACAACCCGCCUCGCGAAACACUCGCAACUCACUCUCGUCGUCGUUAUCGCCUCGUACCCCCCAAGGUCCCAAAUCCAAGCAUGCCGAAUCCCGACCCAUCGCUAUGGAUUAUCCACUAUUCACGCGCCGCACAGGGCGAUCACAUCCCAUCCCAGCGAAUUCCGGUUACUCCUCAAGUGCAAACAGGACUUGCCCAACGACGAUUCCUCCAGAGCCAAGGCCAACUUGCUCGCAAAGAGUUUAUGCUUCAUGACCGGAAUAGCUGGCCCACGAUUGCCUUUCCACCUCAGAUGGGCCCUCAAGGCUUCGCGCAACCACAGCCUUAUUACGGAAAUGCAAUUCCUGGCCGUCAACCACAAGGCGCAUACUAUGCCCCGCAGCCUGGUGUCCACGCCGGUCCAACUCCAGUCAAGGCACCCCGUGAUCAUCGACCAUCUGCCGCCUCCGUCGCUGCUGCCACAGCGGAAUUUGCCGCCGAAGACGAAGAGGUUUCUACUGGCGACAUGUUGGAUACGCUCACGCCUCGGGAGAUCAGCAAGAUGCGCUAUCAACAACACCACGAAUGGAUAGAGGAAAUUUUUGCAUCGCCGUAUAGUAUCAAACAAAUUAUUCCCGUUGACCUGGGAAUUGGCCGUAAAGGUGAAUUGGAUUCUCUGACUGCCGGUUUCUUUGAAGCUCCAACAACUGCAGCUCAUCCAAAGGAGGACCAAGAGCAAACCACGUCUCUCAAAGAGGGGAAGAUGGAGCCGGCGAAAGCAGAAGAGUUUGCGGACAGAGUUGCCAAGAAAGUAUCCACCAUGACGGCCGAGAUCGAGAAACUGAAGAAACGACAUGCGCGGAGAAUGCACAAGAUUAAUCAACUGUCGACACUGAAAGACGCCGAAGUUCGUCUUCGCGAGGCUGGAGCGAACCCCUCUGAGACUGGCACCGAAGUGUGGAGAAUGGAAGGACGAAUCGAUACCUCUAACGAAGAGGAACUUGUCGUUGACGACUUUUCUCUCCGCGUUCCGAAGCGCAAGGUGGACGAUGUUGUCAAAGACGUAGAAAAGGACUACGGCCGGUCAAUAGCCCUGGACUCCAAUAUUUCAUGCAUCGAAAAGGGUGGAUUGCUGGAAAGAAUCGAGCCCGAAUUAAAAGCAAUGGAAGACAGCCUGGGUGCCGAUACUGACAUGUUAAUGGACACUAGUCUUUUGGACCAAUUUGUUGCAUCAUCUACCUCUACACCUGGAAACAAUCAGGUUUCAUCUACUGUUGACGCUCCGGGACAAACAAGAGAUGCUGACGUUGAAAUGGGGGGCGCGACAAACACAUUAGCACAACCUGGGACCGCUGCCGGUGAGACUGGCGACUGGGUUGUUGUGGACAAUGAUAAACAGGGAGGUUCCCAAGCCCCUCCCGGUACAGACAAGCUUAUGCCAGGAAGCGCCGUUCCAGCGGCUGGCGAUGGGUCGGGAAGUGGCUUGACCCCCGGAAAUGGUAUAGAGUCGAGCAACUUUGACGAUAAUUUUACCAACAUGGACUCUGCUGGCGAUGCACUUGCCGCAUACGUCGACCAAAACGACGGUCUGGAUCUUCCUGAUUUGGAAAAUUCGGCAUUUGGAGAUGCGUUCCAUGCAUCAGACCACGAGCUCGGGCUUCAUCCAGAUGAUGACGAGAUGGCAUAA